AUGGAAUUUCUCGUUCCUCUAACUUGCAAGGAAGGGUCAAAGAACAAUCCCUAUGCAAGGUUCAACAUGCAGGUCGACGCUACGUUUACCGCAAAUAUCGGGCUCGUCGCCCAGUUCCUUCCCUUCAACCCAGAGACCACUGAAGCCACAAGAGCAGUCUUUCUGAAGCGCGCACGGCUGAACUCCUGGGAUGAUUUAUCAAUUCGGGGCGAGGCAAGAACGCAAGCCAAAGCAGCUUUCAAGACAGCAUUGACGUCUUUGGCUCAGCUGUUCAUGUUUCACGAUACCGGACCGUAUCUUGAGGGGAUAGAGGCUAACUAUGCCGACCUUAUUGUGGGAGGUUGGUUGAAUAUGCUUUCCGUAACUAUGCCUCAGGAGGAGUGGAGUGAUUUUAGGACAUGGCAUGGUGGGGUCUUCGCACGACUGCACGAUGCGUUGCAGAAGAAUUACUUCAAGUGCAGCUAG